AUGAAUGCAGAGGAUCAACCGUCUGUCGACGUUGUUCAAACAGAAAAGCCAGCCGUUAAUGGAAACAGUGGACUGAUUAUGGUUGCAGAUUUGGGAGAGGUGAUUGAUUUAAAGGGUGAUGAAUUGCCAACCGAAAGCUCAAAAGGACGAAUUGCUGAUGGCGUGAUUGCAGAAAAUGCUAAACUAUGGCAUUACGUGGAUCAUCAUGGGACCGUUCAAGGUCUCUUCUCGUUUCACAUGAUGAAACGUUGGAGGAAUGCUAAUUACUUGCAUCCCGGUUUCAAAGUUUGGAGAGUCCGGAGCCAACAGGAAUGCUAA